CCGCUUCCGGCGAAUGCUUCCGGCGGGGCGCGGGCCAUGGCGCGCGGAAAACGGCCGCGGCUCAUCGCCGAGCUGGCCCGGCGCGUGCGCGCCCUGCGGGAGCAGCGGGAGCGGCCGCGCGACUCGCAGCGCUACGCCCUCGACUACGAGACGCUGGCACGGCCGCUCUCGGGCCGCCGGCUGCCGGUGCGGGCCUGGGCCGACGCGCGCCGCGAGAGCCGACUGCUGCAGCUGCUCGGCCGCCUCCCGCUCUUCGGCCUGGGCCGCCUCGUCACGCGCAAGUCCUGGCUGUGGCAGCACGACGAGCCGUGCUACUGGCGCGUCACGCGGGUCCGGCCCGACUACUCGGCGCAGAACUUGGACCACGGGAAGGCCUGGGGAAUCCUGACCUUCAAAGGACACACGGAGAGCGAGGCCCGGGAGAUCGCACAAGUCAUGUACCACGACUGGCGGCUGGUGCCCAAGCACGAGGAGGAGGCCUUCACUGCCUUCAUGCCGGCGCCCGAGGCCGCGCUGCGAUCGGUGCCCUACCCGCCGCUGCUCCGGGCCAUGAUUCUAGCAAAGCGACAAAAACAGGGGGACCCCAGCACCGAGGAGCCUGCGCUGAACCUGGGGAGGACGCGCAUGGACCACUGGGACUACCCUGCGAAACUGGAGGCGAGGAAAAAGGCCAAGGGCACCGCGGUCUGAAGCGGGGCUGGCAGGCCGCCUGCAGCGGGUACAGAGAAUCGCUUGGAUCCGCUUGCCAGGGACUUGCUGAGACUGUUCUUAGGGCAGGGUGUAGGGGGUCUGCCCUCUGGCCUUGCUGUCACAUCCGGCCCACAUCCGACCGAAGGGCUCCCCCGCAGGAGCGGGCCUGGGGGAAAGCUGGAAGCAGAGGCGCAGCUGGCGGGGGGCCCGUGCAGGCACCUGUCACCGCCAUGCCGGCGCCUCUUUCCCAUUAGGUGUUGCAUCUGCCCGACUCAGAAGCCGUGAACGCGAAUAAAGCAGUGACGUAG